AUGGACAGGAGCCGGGACGCCGUGCCGACAUGGGACGGAGAGGCCUCUGGAUGGAAUACCUAUGUGAGGCGUGUCCGUCUUCAGUGGGAGAGAACAGCGAACCACAAGAAGAAGCUACUUGGUGCCGAGCUGGCUAGCAGAUUGACUGGCCGUGCUUGGGACGUCAGUGGUGACUUGGACCAUGCCCGGCUCCAGACACGCCACGGCCCUGUGUACCUCCUGGAGUACUUGGAGCAGAGGCUUGGUCGGACUCCUAUUCCUGACCUGGGCAGCCGGCUCGAGGAGUUUCUGGCCCGGCUUCGAAGGCAGCCUGGGACUCGGAUGGUCCAGUGGGCUGCUGAUCUUCGGGAGAGCUAUAGGCGGCUGCAGCGUGCUCUCGCUCGUGCUUGCGGAGGAACGACCUCUUCCCCGAAACGCCGAACGGCGAAGCCUACUGGAUCGACACCUUCGUCCUUGCAGCUUCCCAUCGACAGGCGGCGAAGCGACACCACAGCCGAGCCGGAGCCGGCGGAUGAUGGACACGACCUGGACCAGGAUCAGGCUCCAGACCCGCCAGUGGCACCCAGUGCUUGGAUGGAUGCUGCUUCGCCGUGCCCAUCUUCCAGCUCAUGCCCGACUUGCCGUCUUGGCGGCCACCAACAACCGACUGGACUGGACCUGGUGGAGAAGGCCAUGAGGGACCAGGAGGAAGACCUGGUUGAGGCGGAUGAGCGCCGUGGACGCAGGCACUCGUACUGGGUGGGCAUAUGGGGCUUGCUGAUGGACGACCCCUUUCCAGACGACAACCUUGCGGACGUCCACUGGGUCGGAGAUCGCCUUCCCGAAGAAGUUCACCCCGCCUACGCCGCAGAGGACGAGCCGGACACUUGGCGCACGACAAACCAUGGAGACUCCGAGUCCACUGGACCUACCAUGAGGGCGACUGGUGGACUGAAGAUCCAGAAGGCCAUGGUGGUGGACCCGGAGUCCGGGAAACAGAUGUCCGAGCUCUUGGCCAACUUCCAGGACAGCAAGUCCAAGAAAGGGGCCCGCUACACAUCGACUUCUUCCUCGACUUCUUCGCCGACGGCUUUGGCAGCGGAUGGCGGCGGCAAAGGCGGUGGCCAACGGCCAGGAAGCUCUGCUUACACAGGGUGCUUUAUCUGUGGCAGCAAGGACCACGACUUCCGUCACUGUCCGAAGAGAAGUCAAGGAAAGGGGGCAGCGCACUUCACCAGCGCGAACUCCGGCAUCUACAUGGUCCACGGCGCCGACAUGGAUGCGACCAACGGCACCACCCACGACGCGAAGGCCAUGCAGGACGUGCCGGUGUAUGCGGCCGCGGGCCCCGCUGCAGAGAACCAGCUGCUGUGCUACAUGCACGUGGGCCAUGGAGAUCCUGAGGCUGGCCGGUCCGAGCGUCAUUCCAGAGGAAGCUUUGUCUGUGGCAGGGCAGUUGUACCCUGGCUUUGCUGUGGUGGACAGCGGGGCCACCGAGACCGUUGGAAGCUUGGAUGCGCUGGAGGCCGUGGUGUCGAUGAGGCGCCGGCAGUACGGCCUGGAAAUGUCCAGGUGUUCCCCGACGCCCAGCGCAACUUCCGGUUCGGCAGCGGCCAGCAGCAGCGGGCGACUUCGUUCGUGGAGGUGCCCCAGACUCUGAGUGGGCGGGCUGUUGCUUUGGGCGUGUAUGCCCUGGAUGUUCCCAGAGUUCCCAUUUUGCUGAGCAUCCGGACGCUGAAGCGUCUGGGCUCGGUGAUUGACUUCGAGAAGAAGACAAUCAUUUUUAAGGCUAUCGACCCGGAGGUGACCAUUGCUCUUCACGAAAGUGCUUCUGGGCAUUUGCUGCUUGACCUUGCGCACGACUGGCUGCGACAGCCAGGCAGCAGCCCGAAGAAUUUCUCCGGAACUGUGCUGAGCAGCGUCAUGUCCCGAUACAAAGAGAGCGAAGGGGUAACAGGGGGACAACAGGAAGCAGCAUCGAACCAGCCGGGAGCCACAAACACACAAGAGCAACAACAAGCAAGUCAACGGCAAGUUCCCCAAGGACCCGAACCAGGACCUCAACAUUCUGGAGACAGCUGUUGCAUGCCUGCCGUGGAAGUGUCAUGUGGGGAAGCGCAAGGGUCUGAGCAGACAUGUUUGAGCCGACAGCAGCUUCCUUCUGACAUCCCAGUGUACAACAUGGCAGUGGGGAUCAAGACGAUCAUAUGGGAUCGCUUUCGAGCUUCCGCGACCUUCCUGGACAUCCUCCUCGCCAUGGCCGACCGCAAGGCUCCCGUGCAGAACACCGCGCCUCCAGCUUCGACGGCAGCGGCUUCGAACGAGAUCCCCAAGUCGAAGGCACGACCCAAGAAGGCCCACCGCGUGAAGACCGAGUACGACCUCGAUCGCUCGACUGGGCCAGAUCCAAGGGAUCCUCGAACAGCGGGAGCCCCAUGCUUCGGAUCCCACCAGAUCAUGAAGCCGGGGCGCGGAUCACUGAGCGGCGCAAAUGCCCAUGGCCGCUGGGAGGUUUGUCAAAACUGCCGGCUUCGAGUCCUUUACGUCCCAGCAGUCGGAGCUCAUGCCCAUUACCGCCAGGCAGGGCCUUUACCUCAGGACACUGCGGCGGCGGCGCAGUUGCACAAGGAGAGAGUCGAGGCAGGUCAAGCACCCGAGACGGACAAGCUGAAUGCGAAGAACGUCGCGCUCCAAGGCAGCGGGCAAGGCUGGAUUUCGCCGGCCUCGACUACGACCACGGCGGCACCACCUCCGGCGGCGGCUGCGGCGACCAGCGGCUACCCGGAGGGCACGACCGUGAAAAAGGCGAACGACAAGACGAAGGGCAUGACCAUGGAGAAGGAGGACGACAAGACAAAGGGCAAAGACCGUGGAGCAAAGCCCAAGGCAAAGGCCGCGCCGGCAAUGGUGGAUUCCGAGUCGGAUGGAGCCCCCAUGGAGGCGGAGAACGAGGCCACGCGUGCGCCGAAGAAGGGCCAGCCCGACCACGAGCAGCACGGACGGCAGCUGGCAGCAAGUGUCACCAUGAACCUCGAUGCGGAUGGCUUCUUGGUGUCCUUCGGCCGGCUCACCGAGGGCGAGGCGACGACGAUCACGGAGUCCAUGAAGGGCGUGACCGCCGACAUCGACGAGGCUAUGGCCGAGAUCCCCAAAGCGGUGCCUCAUGGCAUAGACCUCCUGGAGGUGCGCUGUCCGAGUGACAGCAGGCUGUCUGAGGCAGUUCGGGGGCGAGGUGGUCAAGCCGGACGAGUUGGACUCCCCAUCUUUGACCUGUGCACAAAACACGGACGGAGCGCUGGCCCAGGCACAAGCUCUACAUCCUCGAUACAUGUGGAUCUCGACCCCUUGUGGACCUUUCUCUCCGAUCCAGGCCUUGUUCAACGAGGCCACCGACGAUGCCAAGCGGAAGAGUGGAUAUCGCAAAAAGAGGGCUCGGAAGGUGAUCCGUGCAGCGAUCAAGAUGGUCUAUGCCGAGACCAUGUUGCCUGGGAAUGGCCUUCCAACAAUGGUGGCUGGAAAGAGCCCGAGGUGAAGAAGCUCAUGAACUACAUGGCCAAGCAGGGCUUCCUCUACACGACCCUGCUGGAUGGCUGCAUGAUGGGCGUGACCACACCGCCCGACGAUGUGGCCGAGGACUGGAUCUAUGGGCUUCAAGAAGAACCACUGCUACAAGGCAAGCUUGCCCCAGAAGAUCGGAAGAAGGCAGUGGCCUUAGUACAUCGUUUACAUGUUCGCGCCGGACAUCCUUCGAAGAAGCUGCUCGCCAAUGUUCUUCGCGCCCGCGGUGCUCACCCAGAGGUGGUCAAGAUUGCCCUUGACCACGAGUGUGCCGACUGUCAGGAGAUGAGACUCCCAUCCUUGUCCCAGAGUGUGUCGCUGCAGCAGAGUGAUACUCCGUGGAAGGUCAUUCAGAUCGACAAUGCCGAGCUUCGUGUGGAUGACAAGGUGACGCACUUCAUGGUGAUCACCGACGAGGCCACCCACUACAUGAAGGUGAUCAAGCUCUUCGAGCGCGACGUCCAGGAGGGCCGCAACGCGACUGCCGAGGAGGCCAUCCUUUCAAUCGAGCAGGGCUGGAUCCAGUCCUACGGCUUCCCCGACCGGAUACGGCUUGACCCUGAAGGGUGUUUUCGCUCGAGAGCUCUUGAAGAUUGGGCAGCUGAACGUGGUGUGGAGAUGACACCCUGUCCGGCCGAAGCUCACAACCAGAUCGGCCAAGUUGAGUCUUUGAUUGGCAAGGUGAAGCAGGAUGCCAUCACUCUCCUCUCCGGCAUGCCGAUUGGUGCCCAUCGGGCUUUGCUGCACAGCGCCGGAGCUCACAACACUGUACAUCGAGUCCAAGGCUUUAGUCCUGUCCAAUGGGCUUUUGGGCGGGACUUCAAUCCUGAAGGCCGUCUUUUCGACACCGAGCAGGGCGUUCCUUUUCUUCAGAAUGCCACGACUCCUGGGCACACCUUCUACGACCAGAUGAGUGCAAGACAAGCCGCGGAAGACAUUUCGAGGAGGUCUCAGGCCACCUACCAGUUGGGCCGUUUGCUCAACAUGAGGAGGAGGAGAGCUACCAGGUUCGUCCCCGGAGACUUGGUGUUUUACCGCCGAGCGCAACCUCCUGCUGACACCCCGGCUCAUCCCGGACUUGGCUUCGCGAAGGUUGGUCAAGGAAGGUGGUUUGGCCCAGCUCGAGUUCUUGCCAGCGAGACGAGAACGGACGCUCAAGGACAGGAACGACGACCAGCGCACACGGUGUGGAUCACCGCAAACGGCCGGCUGAAGCGAUGCGCUCCUGAGCAGCCGAGCAGCUACGCCACGCUUCCGACAGAGAAGCUGCCAUCGCUGAGGACAUACGAGUUCGACCUGCACGAGGACGUUCCCGAACACCAGCUCGUGAAGGUGAAGGGCGAGACCACCCGGAAGAAGAACAAAGAACGAGGUCACGGACACCGGCGAGAGACGACAGAGCCCCAGAAGCGGCUCCAGUUGAAGACCAGCCGGAAGAAGGACAAAGGAACGAGGUACUUGAACGACCCCAGCUACGACCCAACGUUGUUCAGGUUCCUACAGGACGAGCAGGCUCACGCGCAGCGCGCGCAGCAAGGCUCCCGUCCCGCUUCGACGACUCGAACGACGUCCUUGCCUCUGGCCUCGGCGACUCAGAUAGCGGAGGACUACGUGACACAGCCAGAGGAGGAGUCUGAAUGGAAGCGCCUCAAGCGUGAUGCCUCUGCCUGGAUGGCAAAGGGACUUCGAAAACAAGAAGUCUCGUACAGCAAGCUUGAUCAGGAGGGCCGCAAAGGCUUCGACAAGGCCAAGGAGAAUGAGGUCACUCAAUGGAUCCAGGAAGCUGCAGCAAAGCGCAUAGAAGGAUACGUGCCGAGGCAUCGUAUCAUGCGCAUGAGGUGGGUCCUUACGUACAAGGAGACCGGUGCCCCGAAAGCGAGAAUAGUCAUAGUUGGCUAUGAAGAUCCGGACAUAACGUCCUUGGUCUCUAGCUCUCCAACGAUGUCUAGACGCACGCGGCAACUUGUUUUCCAGCAAGCCGCUUUGCGGUCGUGGCGUACGUUAAUGGCCGAUGUAAAAUCGGCUUUCCUCCAGACCGCUCCCACGCAGCUUUCGAGAGCCGUGUUCGCGCGGCCGGUUCCUGAACUCGCCAAGGCGAUGAACCUCAAAGAAGGGCAGACCAUACAGCUCGCAAAGGCGGCGUAUGGGUUGAUAAACGCUCCGGCCGAGUGGCACCGGGAUAUAAAUCGCACGUUAACCUCUCUUGGUUUUAUCCAAUUACGCACGGAACCGUGCUGUUGGAAAUACGUGCGGUACGAGAAUGGAGUUCCACGCCUUUUAGGCGUCGUGCGCGCCCACGUUGAUGACUUUAUCAUUACAGGGUGUGAGCAGGAUCCUGAGUGGGUCGCAGCAGUCUCCGGAUUCCAUUCAAAAUAUCGUUUUUCCCCAUGGGAGUGUGUGAGCUACAAUCACUGCGGAGUGGCCGUUCGCGAGGGCAACAGUGAGUUCAUUCUUGAUCAGUCGACCUACUGUUCUCAGAUCGAGGAGAUCAAGUUUGAAGCCCGGAACGAAGACGAUCUGGCCACGAAGGAGGAGAUUUCGCAGCUCCGGGGAGUACUUGGUGCCGUUCAAUGGCGCGCUUACAGCACCGCCCCUCAACUCCUGGCGCAGUUGAGCAUGCUGCAGUCUACGAUCAGCAAGGCCACGGUGAAGACCCUCAAGCUGGCCAACAAGCUCGUGAGAGAGGCUUUCCACAAUCGCUUCCAGCACAUCCGCAUCACUGCCCUCGAUGGCGUGGCUCCGGAGGAGGUGUGCUUUGUUGCUUGGAGUGACGCUGCAGUGGGGAACAGGCCUGACUUCGGGUCGACUGGUGGCUACUUGGUCUGUGCGACCACGCCUGCCACGCUGAAGGGAGAGACCGCUCCCGUGACUCCUGUGAGCUGGAGAUCUGGACGCCUGCAGAGGGUAGCUAGAUCGUCCCUGGCUGCUGAGACUCAAGCGGCGAGUGAAGCAGAGGAAGAGCUCAUGAUGGUUCGCUUGCAGUGGCGUGAGAUGCUCGGCUACGAGGUCGACUUGAAGCGCCCUGGCAAGGAUAUCCUGAAGGUUCCUGCGGCCUUGGUCACCGACGCGAAGAGCCUCUACGACGUGCUCAUCAAGGAGGACCUGAACACGACUGCAGCUGGCCUGAAGGAGAAGUACUCAGCUCUGGAGCUCCUUUCUUUGUCCGAACGGCUUCGUGAAGGAAAGACCAGCGUCCGGUGGGUCAACUCGGAUGCGCAGGUGGCUGACGCCCUGACGAAGCCGACUCAAGGAGGUUCUCUUCAACAACUCUUGUCGACCGGGAGAUGGACACUCGUAUACGACCCGACUUUUACCAGUGCGAAGCGUCUAAGACGGCACUGA